AUGUCAAUAUAUUCAAGUUCUCUGGAAAAUUCGUUGAAAACAUUCCCCAAUAAAUCCUUCCGAACUAUUGUUGAUACAUCCUUUUUAUUUGCAAAGUUGACUUCAAUUGCGGAUGAUUCACCAUAUACGUAUAUUCAGUCUUGUAAAGUGAUAGGUAUAGUAGAUGAAAUUCUUACACAGAUUAAGUAUUUACAGCAUGAUCUUAGCACAUAUAGUGACCAUUCAUGCAAGAAAAUUUAUGGUAGAGUUAUCUCACAAGUCAUUAUUGAGUCAUUUCUUAAUGGGUGUAUAUUAGAAAUGUAUUCGGACGAAAUCCCAAACACAAUAUUGAAAAGUUUUGUCAAGGUGACUAAAGCUUUGUUCAAUUCAGCAAGUGGAAAUAAUUGUGAGGAAGAUGAUUGUAAUCUUAUAGUUGAAAUAUUAGAGAAACUAUACAUCAUAUCCGCUCAACAUCCCAAUGCUGGAGAAAUUAUUUCCUUAGAACAGCCUCUGAAUCCGAUACCAAAGUAUGACUAUGUGAUUCUGUCGACCCUUUCCAUGUAUUGUCCAAAUGUGUAUGUCCUUGAAUUCCUAUGUGAAAAGUAUUUGGCUGCGAAUUCUCCUUAUCGAGAUCGCAAAUUAGGUUAUGCCAAAAGCUACUUGACACAAUGGCAUGGUUUAGUCUCCCAUCCGGAGCAGGUUAAAAAGAGAUCUCUUACCAAAGAAGGCGAGGUGUCCCAAUUAGAAGAUAUUAAAAGAAAAUUUCUUGAAGUUCCGCUUACAAAGGGAUCAUGUCUUUUGGUACAAUUGAUAAAUCGGAUUAUCAUUUGCUUGGGAGAUUUCGAAACAGCGAAUUUGACAAAAGUACCUGUGAAUGAGCCUGAAACGGUUCCCAAUCCUGUUUCUUUAAACUCGGGCACCAUCAUCGUGACUCCAUUGUUAAACAAGGACUUGAUACCAUUUGAUGAACCUUAUUGGAUGAAAAUAAUUGGUGAGAAUAAUUGUACGUCCAGAUUGUAUGCACAUAAACAACCCAGGACAUUAAUCAAUGGCACUGACAAUGCUAAAGCGUCUAAGUUUGAAAAGGCCCUUAAACCCACUGACUCCUUUUCAAAAUUGAAUAUCACAGAAAUGAAUACUAAACCUAAACCAGUAACUUCAACCACAUCUCCUAGUAUGCUUAUUAACGACAAUACAAAUGCAGUUGGACUUUUUAGGAUUUUCAGUAUGAAUUUCUUAAAGAAUAAGUUCAAAUUCAAAUGGUGGGGUUAA